UGCUAUAUUCUAUGCACAUAUUACAAAAAUUACUCGAAAAAUUUCGAACAUUUCAUUAAAAUAAAAAAUUAACUAAUUACGUUACCUGGAUAUAAUUAUGAAUGCACAUAUGCUAUAUGUACAAUAUAUAUAUACAGGAUGUCCAAUAAUGGGCAACGCUUAUAAGAUGAUAGAGUUGAAUUAAGUAAAAAAAGUCCUGUACCAUUUUCCAAACAAUCAUGUAAAAUUUUAAGAUAAUAAAUAAGAAAAGUUAGAUUAUGUAAGAAAUUGUAAUAUAUUAUAUAAUAAGGGGAACCAAUAAAUAUAUAUUAUAUAAGAAAAGUUGGGGCAAUUGAGGGCGUGUUCCACGCACCGAACCAAUACGGUGAUGGAGAAUGCUCUCGGUACGCUGCGCCGUAUGAUUUAUCAACAAGAACAAAUAUGUGACAAGGAGAGAAAGAUAGCGCAUCACUGACAUUCUUUUCUAAUAGUUUAGUUUGUAAUAGGUCGCUGUCAUGCUUAGAAAUAUUACGCUUAUCGCCUCGAUAUGCGAGAUGCGCUCUCAUUUGCCAAUACUUUUUAUAUUUAAUAUCUCAAAAUUUUAUGUGGGUAUUUGAUAAAUGUUGAAAGAUUUUUUAUUCAACUCAACCUGUUCUUACCUGAUAUUGGUACCUUCAUUGCCGGAUACCUUGACAUAUUGAUGCUAUGUCUUAUGUCGAAACGCAUUCUUGAACGUCUCACAAUAGACUGAUCUCUCAGUCGAAAACGGUAGUUCAGUGCGCUUGCGCUUAUAUGAAUAAAAAAUGAAAACUGUAUGUAUGAAAUUUCCUGCAAUUUACUAUUAAGACUAUGGGACUAUAUUCUACAAUUUACUUAUUGUGCAAAAUAUGUACGUUUAAUAUAAGACGUAAUAAUAUUUUUGCAUUUGAUGUAUCUAUAGUGCUAUUUGCUUUCACGGCACUUUCACAAUCAUGAAAAAUUCUUAAAUUAUGGAAAAUUACUAAAUUACAUAAUAUUCGCUUUUAUAUUACCUUAAGAGCAGUAGAAAUUUUACAGAAAAGAAAACAUUUAGUAUAUUAUUGAAAGAUCAAUUGGUUGUUUGGUUGACAAAAGUGCUCUAUCCGUCGUGUAAGAUGGUUCUCUUCGUUCGGGAACGCUGUUUUAAGCUGCAUCGACUUAUGUUUACGAUUUUGGGAUUAUGGCCAUAUCAAAAUUCAUGUAUUUGGCGACUUCAAGCAGUUUUCUUUUUCAGUGUAUACAGCAGCUUUUUAAUUUUUCAGUUAACGACAUUUUUAACGUCAACGUGUAACAUUGAUUGUAUCUUUAAAAAAUUUUCUUAUAUUUGUAUUACCAUAGCGUAUAUUACGAAUUAUUAUUCCUUCUAUUUCAAUUCCGAAACUGUAAAGCAAUCGUUGGAACACAUUCAGUUGGACUGGAAAAUGUUGGAAACUAGUGAAACAAUAAAAAUAUUUGAAGAAUAUCUUUUCGAAGCUUAUAUUCUCGCAUUAUCUGCAUAUAUUACUCUUAUAGUGGGUUCAUUUGUAUUAAUUUCUUUUGAAUCUACAUCUGUUAUUCUUGACGCUUUUAUACCGAUUAACGAAUCCCGACCACGCAAACUUGAAGUGGAUUUUGAACUUUUCGUCGAUCAAGAGGAAUAUUUCUUUUUGUAUUUGAUACAAGAAAUGCUAGGAGUGGGGAUCGGUAUGUGCUCGGUAAUUGCGACUGGGACAUUCUUGGCUACGAUAGGAAAACAUUGCUGUGCAACAUAUAAAAUUGCUAGUUAUUUAAUCCAAAAUACGGUGACCAUCCAUACGUUACAACUUCCUGCUCCCCAAAGAAUGCAAAUUAUGCAUCGGAGCAUUUGUCUUUCAGUUCACAUUCAUAGAAGAACCAUGCAGUUCUGCAAACGUAUAUUAAUUUCGUUUCAUUUUUGGUAUUUCCCUCUGCUAAUUAUUGGCGUAUUAUCCUUAAGUUGCGUUCUCUUUCGCCUAUACAAUGCUAUAAUGCAGUUCAAUGAUUUCUAUGAGAUUUUAAUAUCUUGUCUACUUUUGUAUUGUUAUUUAAUAUAUAUGUUUGUGGGCAACUUUAUUGCACAUUCUUAUAGCGAACACAGCGGAAGAGUAUUAGAAGCUAUGUAUGACACUCUUUGGUACGUAGCGCCAUUACCGAUUCAGAAAUUGUUCUUAAUUAUGCAAAAAUCUAUACAGAAUCAUAAACUAGUAAUGGGUGGUCUUUUUGUACUGUCUAUAGAAGGAUUCUCUACGCUUAUUACAUCGGCUGUAUCAUAUUUUACUGUCAUGCAUGCUAUGAAUGAUCAUGAUACUGAAGGCAGACUAGUGAAGAAAAUUUAGUUAUUAAGAAUACCUUUUGAUUCCAUAACAAUAAUUAUUUCAACAUAAAUGGUGAGAGCUCUCUAAAAUUGAAGUCAUUCGUAUUAUACGAUGCAUAUCAUUUUCAAUAUAUUUAUUUGGCACAAGUCGACCAUUAGACACUAAAUUAUUUUACUAUAUUUGAUAUAUAUAAAUUGUAUAUUGACAUAUUUGAUAAUAUAAAUUGUAUAUUAUAUUGGGUUUCGUGCAUUAUAAAAUCCUGUUAGUUAUGAUAGUUUAAUAAUAUACUCAUUAUAGAAGCAGAUUAUUUUAACAUUGUAAUCAAUUGUCAUAAGGUACUAACAUGUCUCUCAAAAUUCAAUUUAUAUUAAUACGAUAAUCAGAAUCUAUUAAUUUACUAUAAUAUGUAAUAUUAUACUAACUUAUAAUACAUGCCCAUAAUGAAUAAGAUUGUAUUUAUAAUAAUAUUUAUCAUACAAUUCACUUUAGUGCACAAAACCAAUAAACAGAACAGAAUAUAAACAAUAAGCGAUAUAUUUUAUGUACAUUACAAAUACUAUACUAGAAGAAUUC